UUAUACGCAUUUCAGCCUGUUGUAACUAAAAAAAAACAAAAAAAAACGUUUGUAUAUUAAUGCAACAAACUUCCUGAGACAAUUCUUUGCUUUUUAAGAGAGAAAAAAAAAGAAUAUGAAUUGUGUUUGUGUUGACAUCAUGAUUACAACACAAAAUAAUUAAAGUUAAGGGGGGGGGGCGCUCACACAAAGGUCACAUAAAUCAUCUGAUUUGUGGAGUCAGCUGUUCAUUUAGAGGAAUUGGUCCCUCUGAAAGGAAAUGAAAGUAAGCCAGGGUGCGUGCCUCUAUUGGAUACUGGACAGAGGUAUUGUCUCCUCCCACAGCCUGAUAAGCCCUGAUUGUUUUAAAUGCACUCCUCCUCACUCUCACAUGACCACGUGAAGCAACCACAGGAAAUCCCGAAUGAGAUUACCAUCCCUGGAAAGUUCCCCGCCUUUUCUGCAGCAAGGCGGGGAACAGCCCCUCUCUUUGCCCCUCACUGACAGUCCCACUACAAAUCAAACAGUAAAUGAUUUUGUCAGCAGGUUUAAACAUUCACAGAGCAUGCAGUCGCCCACACAACAAGAGUUUUGAGGUUCUCUGGGUAAAUGAUUUAGAAUUUCAGAUUUAGGACUUUAGAUAUGUUAGUGAAAACCGCCUGCAACACAUUAUGACUCCACAGACUUUGUUUAACCACAUUUUGAAUAUACUUGGAUUUUAGCAUUGAAGGCACAUUUUAGUCAGAUAAGUCAAACUUUAUUCAACCACUUCACAAACAGUAGCAGCACAUGCGAAUCACUCUACAAGGCUCCUGACUAAUAAUGCUCCAACAAUCCAUCAAGAGGUGUGACUUCAUAAUUUUCCAAAGUUGGACUAAAACCCUGACGGAUUUUUCAAACCCUAAGCCUAGCAUUACCGGUGCAGCAAAAUGGCAAGUGAUACUUAAGCUAUAGAGCCGUACAGUUUACAGCCAGAUGACAGUAGGAUGAGGAAAAUGAAGACGUUAACGGAUCUAUUUGUCUACAAGUGGCUGCAUCAGUGUGGAGCGGAGCACAGAAAUUAUGGCCCAACAAUUACUCAUUCUGCAUCACAAUUGCCAGCUCUUUCUAAAAGAACUUCUUCAUAUGCUCCAGAUUCACCAUUAUUUCAAUAAAGUAAUACUCAGAAAUGGAAUUUUGAGCUUAAUUUUCUUCAUAUUUGUCCUUUGUCAUGAAAAGAAUGCUACAAGAACACCUAAAAAAAAGAAGUUUGCUCUGAGUUAGUCUUUUAAAGCAAAUUAACCCCACUCCCUUGCAAUCGGGGAAAUUUGUGUCGUAACUACAUCAGUGAUCAGAUCUUAACCUAACCUGCUUGUUUGUGAUUGGCCUAAACAUAGGUUUUUACCGUAUAAAAAGACGACACAUUUGUAAAGUUUUCAUUUUUGCUGGAGUAUUCAACUGCUUUCCUUUAAUUCGGUAUCAGUGAUGUCUUGUUCAAAGACCUGUAUAUUAACCUGCAGUAUGUCUUUUAUCAUUGGUAUUUCUACAAACACAAUUGGUUUGAACCAAAGGGCGCUUAAUUGUAUUUGUUCUUUGUGUGAUGUAUGUACUACAGAGCAUUACUUAGAUGGAUGUGCCUUUUUUUCUGAAUGUGUGCACAUUUAUCUUCUUCUGCUCCUCCUCUGUGUAUUUCAGCAGCAACACACUCGGUCAGACAUGGCAGGCCAUCAAAAAAUCUACUUGUUCCCAGUACACCUGUUCAAAAAACUAUUAAUCUGCUGCCGUCCAAUAAAAAGCUUAGCUCUGGAUGAGGAGCCAAUAGAAAGGCAAUGAAGCUGCGAGACCGAAGCCAAUCCCAAGCUGCAUUCUAAUGCGGACAAUCUUUAUCAAGGUACCACUCCAUCUCCAGAUACUGCUUAUUUAUAAUUUCUUAGAGGAGAGGCUGCAGGAGGAGUGUGUCAAAAGAGGAAAACCAAAACAGAGGCGUCCAGAAGGCUCGCUGAAAACUUUGGAUAUGGAGUCAUCAAACCCUAAACUGUGGAUAACCUUGGUGUAGUUACAUGUUCGGCUAUUUUGGUAGACAUUAGGAACUCUGCAAUAUCAGCGAUUAGUGAAUUUGGACAUUUUAGUUUUGUGGGACGAGGCGUGUUCCAAAUCCACUCACUGUUUGUGGUGCACCAAAGACCCUCUUUGGAAAAUCUAAAACUUUUGGACCUCCUGGAUCUUGGUGGAUGUGUUGCUGAUCCACGGAGGGCACGAUUCAAACACUUCCCAUGGAUCCAAACAUCCAGGGGUCUUUCCUGUUCAACAACAACCUGAACCAAUUCCCAUCAGACCUUAAAGGACCUGUGUGCCAGUACUCCGUGCCCAACUCUUUCUACAAGCUCAACCCAGGCCUCAACAGCCAGCUGCAGCCAGGGACGCCACACGGCAUCAACGACAUCCUCAGCCGCUCCAUGGUGGGAGUGGGCUCCACUGGCACCACCACAUUGCUGUCUGGGUACUCCACCAUGGGCGGCUUCGGCCCCUCCGUAACCAGCACGUCCAUGUACUACAACCGAGACUACAACCCUUCUUUGGGCAGCUUCUCCAAGAUUGGCACCGAGUGCCCGAUGAAGAGCCGCAGUGUGAGCUGCUGGGCAGAGAGCACCUGUGAUUGGAGAGGACGGCAGCAGUGCAGCAACAGCAGCGGCUCUCUUGUGGAACUGCCCAGCAGGAAGAAACACACCAGACCAACAUUCAGUGGUCAUCAGAUAUUUGCUCUGGAGAAAACCUUCGAACAGACUAAAUACUUGGCUGGACCAGAGAGAGCGAGACUGGCUUACUCUCUGGGAAUGACUGAAUCCCAAGUUAAGGUAUGGUUUCAGAACCGACGGACCAAGUGGAGGAAGAAGAGCGCCUCCGAGCCCACGUCCACGCAGGCGAGUCACGUCGGACAAGGCGGAGAGGCCUCCGAAAACGAGGUGGAGGACGAAGAGUACAACAAACCACUUGACCCUGACUCCGACGACGAUAAGAUCCGACUCCUGCUGCGCAAGCACCGCAGGGCGUUCUCUGUCCUGCGCCUCGGGCCACAUCCAGUCUGACACACUGCAGCAGGCUUUGACGCACACGCUCCUCAGCAGACCUGCAUGCUGUGACAUGAAUAACUUUGAGUACUGAAUAGAUCCAAUGAAGCGUCUCCAAAAGCGACAAAUUGUUAUUACCUAAAUAAAAUAUUGAAUUAUAAUAGAUUUGAAGUAAUUUGUGCGUCUGAAGUUGAUUUGUAAAAACCUGCAUGGUGCAAUUUGUGGAAGGAGAAAAUGGUUUAAAAAAGAAAGAUUGUUUUUUAGUUGAACCUAAGUUGUUUGUGAAUAUUUUAAUUUUAAAGUUAAUCUUUUUUUAACAAAAUAAUAUAAAACCCCCUGCUUGUCUGUGACCUUCUAAAUGUUUUACUUGAGUUCUGUUAAAACGAAAUGCCUUUCAAACCCCGUUCACUGCUUAGGAGCUGCAAAUGUAAUAUUCAGCUGCAACAAUGCACAAUAAAUUUCACGAGUUGUUUGUCAAAGAUGGUGGUUAUUGUUUGCAAAUUAAAAAAAAAAGCAACCUAAACACCAUUUGACUCAAGUUUAGGGGACUAAACGAGAAAAGGUUAUAGGUCAAAGCUGGAGAGAUAUACUGCCUGUUUAACCUAAUUGAAGAAAAUGACCCCAGUAACCCCUUCCAAUGUAAAAAUCAAUACUAACAAAUAGGCUCAGUCGCUGUUUAAA